CAAAUGAAAAAUUCCCAAUUUGGAAGUUCUUCUGGAAGAACUUCUGGUCUAACGAACAGACAGUAAACCCAAUCAAUUGUUGAUUUCUGCAUUGAAGAUUCUCUCCGAAAGAAUUACUAACAGAAAAUGGCAAUGAGCUCCCAGCGUACCUGAGGAAAAAGAAAACUCAUAAAUUCAAGGAUCGUUAUCGAGAACAAAUUAUUAAGCUGUCCACAUCAUGCCCCAGUUAUUCGUUGGUGUUUUCGGAAUUGGAAUACUCUUAGCUCUCGGUGCAUACGCUUACAGUAGACGACGAGAAUAUCGUAACUAUGAAAAUCAUUACAGAAGAAACGCUUCUCCACCACCGUCUACACGUCCUCGAGGGCGAAAUUUAGUAUGUCCCAUUUGCGGUCAGAGAAUUACUCGUAAUAGUUACGAACUAGAUUGUGGACAUCAGUUUCAUCGAAUAUGUUAUGCGGAUAAACUUCUGGCGGCGAAAGAUGCAGGGGGAUUUCUUGAUAUACCCUGUCCUUUCUGUGUGGGAACUGAUGACGACGUCCCGCGUGGUGGAGCCUCAGCUGGUGUUGGGAUAAACGUCGGAGUCUCUGGGGGAGAGGGCAGGUAUUCUUCGGAAAGUUUGACGAAUACUAGGAGAAGAGUCCAGCUUGAGUGUGGGCAUUAUGACUCUGAAUGCAGCUCACUUCCUGGAACCACGAGAAAGUGUCGAGAUUGUUUGAAAAAUCCAAUUGGAAGUAAAUGUAGUGUCUGCACCAUGCCCAUUCAGUCCAAUACCAGCUUCAAAGAACGUGGUUGCGGACAUUUCACUCAUGAUUCUUGUUCGUGUCUCCAUCAGAUCGUAAAUUGUCUGGAGUGCGCACAGUAAUUUAUUCAAAGAAGAUGAUUUAUUCUUCGAAUACGUUUGCAAUUAACUAUGAAAAAAAUCCAUCGAGAAUAAAAAUUAUGGGAGACGGGUGCAAAACGGACACUCAGGGCCAACCGGACACCGUUAAAUUUUGAAUUUUACCGAAUUUCUUUAUUUCCCAUUCCCAUCAUUUUUUUUUGUUUCAAUCAUGGAAAAAACACAGAAUUAAUCGCGUGCCCCCAUUCGUCUUACAAAAUAUUUUCAUCGACGGAGUUUGUCUCUUCUCCUGGUUAUAUCCGAGUCAUUUGAAAAUGUUCAAAAAUUUUCUCGAGAAAAAAUAGGUUUUUCUCUUACGGUGUCCGUUUUGCCCAUGCCUCCCCCAUUUAAUCUAGACCUUCACUUCUUUUUUUCACAGUGAAUGUGAAAUGUGAAACAGUGAUUAAUGUAGAAAGUUUAUAAUUAACCUUGUUCCUAUGCAUAUCUAUCGUUAACCUAAAGAAAAAUAAAGUUCUAAAUUUCAUAAA